CACUGUUUUUACAAUUUUUUUCAAUCAACUUUGUUUAUUAUUUAAACUUUAUCGUUAUCUAUAAUUACCCUAUAUAUAUUUCUCACCAAGUUCGUGAAACAUAACCUCCAAUUUUGUUUUCUGUUUUUUAUAACAGAAAUUAAUUUUCCAAUAGAAUAUAUUUCUAAUUUUUAAAAAAUUAUCGUUUUUUUCGAUUACAAAGCUAUUAUCAGAAACUAGAUUUUUUUUAAACAGGAAAAAAUUGCAUUACUAUUUCUUAGUACGAAGUGAUAACAAUUUUUUUGUCGUUUUUUUUAUCUAAUGACUUCACGACCAACGAUAAUUUGCUUUAAACAUUGUUUGUCGGAAUCAAUUUUUUGCAACAAAGUACCAUCAAUUUGUCCACUUUGUAAAAAAUCAAUUGUCACAUUUAAAUUGGAACCUUUUGAAAUUCCAUAUCCAUUUAUUAAUGCAAAACAAAAUCCUACGAGUAUUAUUUUAAGACCAUCGUACGGUGAUUUUCUUCAUAAUUUCAAUAUAAAUCAAGAUUUACAUAUUGGAGUGGUAAAUUCAAAUGGUGAAAUUUUCGAAUUUGAUAAACGUGGUUUAGUAAAAAAUGAUUUUUCAAAGUGGACCAAUUGCAUUUCAUUGAAAUUAAUUCCCAAAUCAUGGGAAUUACAUUGGGAUGAGACACUUGAAAUUAUCACAAAAAAUUCAAAAUGGAAAACAAAUAAUUAUCACGAAUUAACAUUCAAUUGUUUUAAUUUUAUUAUUGAAUUUUUAGAAUUAUUAAAAUUUGAAAACAUUCAAUUUAUGAAUAAAGAAGAAAUGUGUGAGAAUUUAAUUUUACCAAAACUUCAAGAAGCUAUGAGAUUUAUUUCAUUGUAUAGAAAAUUAUUAACUAAUAAUUAUAUCGUACAAAAUUAA